GGGGGGGGGCGGGGGCGCGGGAGCCCAGCGCUGCAUCUGGGAGGAGGCUCCGCUGCCUGGUAACCGGCUGCCAGCGGAGGGCAAGGCUGAGAGGCGGAGGGCAAGGCGGCCGCCUCCAGAGGUCGGGGCCAGGCAGGGGGCGCGCCGAGGUCCGUCCUGGGCGAGGAGGAGGAGGAGGAGGCGCCCGGCAGGCGGGGGGGGGGUGAGCGGGGGGCUCGGGAGCCGGCGUCCAGGGACGCAGCAUGCCCUCCGCCCCUGGGACAUGGAGAUCGCCUUGGUGCCACUGGAGAACGGCGGGUCCGUGACUAUCGGAGGUGGAAGAGGAGCGGGGAGGGGCGAGGAAGGGGGAGGAGGAGGAGUAGGGAAAGAGGAAAAAGUGGGAAGGAGAGGAGGAGAAGGAGGGGGCGAAGAAGAAGAACGAGGAGGAGGGGGAAGUGGGGGAGGAGGGGGAGAAGCCCUGGAGGGCUUUGGCCAGGCCACACGGGCGGAUCCCCCGCGACCCCUGACGUCCGAGCUCAGCGAGGGCCCUGCGCAGCACCCAGGGGUGCCGGGGAGGGGCGGCACUCAGGGGGGUGCGGAGCCCAGGGGGCGCCCCUUGCCCCCGCUGCCCCGGGAGCUGCCGCCUGUUGACCGGGGCCCCCUGGAGGAUGAGGACCGCGACUGGGAGGAAAACCCCACCCUGGGCGCGGCGGAGGAGCAGGUGCCGGGUUUGGGGUCCCCCCACCAGCAGCGCGUGGUCAUCAACAUCUCGGGGUUACGCUUCGAGACUCAGCUGGGGACGCUGGCGCUGUUCCCCGACACGCUGCUGGGGAACCCCAAGAAACGCAUGCGCUACUUCGACCCCCUGCGCAACGAGUACUUCUUCGACCGGCACCGGCCCAGCUUCGACGCCAUCCUGUACUACUACCAGUCGGGGGGCCGGCUGCGCAGGCCGGUCAACGUGCCCCUGGACAUCUUCCUGGAGGAGAUCCGCUUCUACCAGUUGGGCGACGAGGCCCUGGCGGCCUUCCGGGAGGACGAGGGCUUCAUCCCUGAGGAAGAGCGCCCCUUGCCGGAGAAGGCGUUCCAGCGCCAGGUGUGGCUUAUCUUUGAGUACCCGGAGAGCUCGGGGUCAGCUCGGGCCAUCGCCAUCGUGUCCGUGCUAGUCAUCCUCAUCUCCAUCGUCACCUUCUGCCUGGAGACCCUGCCUGAGUUCCGGGAUGAGCGGGAGCUGCUGAGACACCCCCCCGGGGUUCCCCCCCAGCCCCUGGGGGCCCCCAGGGGCGCCAAUACCAGCGGGGCCUGGGCCGCUUCAGCGGGCCCCACUGUGGCACCCACCUUGAUCGACCCCUUCUUCAUCGUGGAGACCACCUGCGUGGUCUGGUUCACCUUCGAGCUGCUGGUGCGCUUCUCCGCCUGCCCCAGCAAGGCUGAGUUCUCCCGCAACAUCAUGAACAUCAUUGACCUGGUGGCCAUCGUGCCCUACUUCAUCACUCUGGGCACCGAGCUGGCCGAGCCCCAGUCCGGGGGUGGCCAGAACGGGCAGCAGGCCAUGUCACUGGCCAUCCUCAGGGUCAUCCGGCUGGUAAGGGUCUUCCGCAUCUUCAAGCUGUCCCGCCACUCCAAGGGGCUGCAGAUCCUGGGCCAGACCCUCAAAGCCAGUAUGAGAGAGUUAGGGCUGCUCAUCUUCUUCCUUUUCCUUGGUGUCAUACUGUUCUCUAGUGCAGUGUACUUCGCCGAGGCCGACAACCAGGACACCUACUUCUCCAGCAUCCCCGAUGCCUUCUGGUGGGCUGUGGUCACCAUGACCACUGUGGGCUACGGAGACAUGAGGCCGGUCACCGUGGGAGGUAAGAUCGUGGGGUCGCUAUGCGCCAUCGCCGGGGUCCUCACUAUCGCCCUGCCAGUGCCCGUCAUCGUGUCCAACUUCAACUACUUCUACCACCGGGAGACGGAGCAGGAGGGCCAGGCCGCCUUGAAGGACGAGCAGGGUGGCCCCCACGCGGGUCUAGGGCCUCCUGUGGAUGGCCAGCGCAAGACCAGCUGUAGCAAGGGGUCCCUGGGCAAUGCUGGGGGGUGCACAGAGUUUGCCGAUGGAGGCUCCCGGAGAGGCAGCCGCCCCCUGGAGAAAUGUAACCUCAAGGCCAAGAGUAAUGUGGACUUUGGGAGGUCCCUGUAUGCCCUGUGUCUGGACACCAGCCGUGAAACAGACUUGUGAGGACACAUCCAAGCUGACAGGUGGCACGUGGCUGGUAACAGCAGAGACCUGGGAACCUGACUGUCCUCUUAUACCACAGAGUAUUCAAGCCUAUGCUAGGACCCAGCUCUGCCCUUCCUUUGCUCCUUCUCUCCUCCUUUAAUCCUCCCCACUUCCCAUCUUCUUUCCAUUAUACUCAAUUGCUUAUUUUAUUUUAUUUUAUUUUAUUUUAUUUUAUUUUAUUUUUUUAAAUAGUCCCACAUUCCAUGACGCAGGACUCUGUCGGAAUGAAGCACUGUGAGAUGGUUGUAUUUUGUAGCCUGUGUCCUAUAUACCCCAAUGGAAGAAGGGAAGGAGGGAGGGAUAACCCAAACAAGAAGGACUUUAAAUAGCCCAGAUCCCAAGAGAUUUUUGUAAACAGCACUCUCCCUCGCCCCACACACUUCCAUGUGUUCCAAAUUUGCUUUACAUGUAAUUAUAUUUGUGUAUAGGGGGGAAAUAUUAUUUUUUUAUGGCUGGUGAGUGGAUUUUUGUACUGUAGAGUUCAGAUGGAGAUAUUUUAGAUAUAUUCAAGACAUAUGUUGUAUUUAUGAAGGAGAGUCACUGUAAUGUUUUUCUGUGAUACUUUUAUUAGAGCCAGAGACCCUGGGAUAGCUAUUCUGGUUUUCCCAUGUCUGCAAACCUCUCUUUUUUUCUAGGACGUGUUAUCGGUGUUUUGCAUCUCGGGCAGGGAAUGUUCUGGAAGAAAGGCCAGUCUAACUUUUGUGCGCCUUAAAGCAAUCUUUGUACCUUUCUUUGAUUCAGCAUUCCCAUGCUGUUGGAGGAAGACUUCUGAGAAUACACUUUCUUUAACAUUACUCCCAGGAAAUAAAAUGUUGACUUGGUUGA